GGUUUUUUUUAUUAAAUAAACUAAACUAUAAAACAGAUAGCUUAGAGACAACUAACUUAACUAAACUAACUGGAAAUCAAUAAUUUUAACCAAAAAACUAAAGCGAUAUGAAAUCUUCAAUUGGUUUAGUAAUUCAAUUAUCAUUAGUAUUAUUACUAUUGGUAUUGAAUUUGUCUAAUCAACAACAAUUGGCUAAUAACCAGGCUUCAGCAGCACCCGUACCAACACUACCCGUUGCUGUCAAUAGUAAUAUACCGGUUGAAUGGGAUUGGAGAAAGUAUGGUAUAGUAACACCAGCUAGAGAUCAGGGAGCGUGUGGUUCGGGUUGGAGUUUGGUAUCGGCCGCUGCACUCGAAAGUCAUCUAAUGAAGGUUCAGAUCGCUGAGGGAAAGUUUGAUCCGAAAAAACAAUUGUCAUUAAGUGAACAAAAUCUGAUCGACUGUUCCACUAAUUUAGGAAAUAGUGGUUGCGAUGGAGGUUACACUCGUAAUGCCUUUGAAUACGUAAAUCAAACUAAAGGACUCAAUACUAACGAUGACUAUCCAUAUAUUGGAAAAGACGACAGUUGUCACCAUAACAAAGAAAAACGUGUCGAUAUCGACAUCAAAGAAAUCAAACGCAUAACUUCAGGGUCUGAUCAGGAACUGGUGUCAGCUAUCUAUACAUACGGACCGGUCACUGUUGCCGUUCAUCUGACCAAUAAGUUUCUCAAUUAUAGUUCCGGUAUUUUAGAUGAUAUCACAUGUAAUGCCGAUCAGAUUAGCGGUUUAUUGCUUGCAGUUGGCUAUACUCCCGAGUAUUUUAUACUCAAAAACACUUGGGGCACAAAAUGGGGUGAAAAUGGCUUUGUAAGACUGUCCCGUUCAAAGGUCAACAAUUGUGGUGUCAGUCAACAGGCCUACUAUCCAGUACUGGCCAAUGAUGUCGGAACCGAUAAAAUCAGAGACAAACUAAAAGAAGUCAAAUAAAUUUAAUUUGAAUAUAUUAUAACACACUUUACUGUAAAUUAUAUUUAUAUAUGUAUUAAUUUU